AUGGCAAUGCUCGAUCGCCUUACUCCCAUACCCGAUCUCGUUCGCUUUCUCAAUCACCAGCUCGUGAACGUUCAGCAGCAUCUCGAUCACCAGUACGUGAUGGCUCCAUUUCUCCGUCACGUGGUCGAUCCAGAUCACGCGACGAUCGUCGAGUUCGCCGUUCGCGCUCUCCAGAUGAACGGAAGCGCUAUCGGUCGCGUAGCCGCGAAUCGCGUUAUCGUCGGCGCAGUUCAAAUGAACAGCGGAGAAUUCAAAAGUCAGUUUGCUUCAAUGAAAAGUGAAUGA